AUGCAGUUCUCUCAGAAAUGGAGACUAAUAAGCUGCUUUUUAGGUGGGAACGUCGUGGCUCUUGGUGCAGGGACUCCGUAUCUCUAUUCAUUCUUUGCACCACAACUAAUGGCUAAAUGUCAAAUACCAAUCUCCCAGGCGAGUAACCUCGCUCUAGCAUUGAACAUCGGUAGUUCUUUGUUAGGAUUGCCGGCAGGGAUGAUUGCUGAUAAGAGUCCCAGAUUAUCUUGUUUCGCUGGUGCCGUUUGCACAUUUACCGCCUAUUUGAUUCUCUGUGUAUGCUACCAUAGUGAGAUAAGUAAUGUGCUGUUAGUGGAAUUGGCCCUUGGAUUGAUUGGGUUUGGGUCCGUUCUGGGUUAUUACGCAUCGGUAAAGUGUUGUACUGUGAACUUCCCCAAUUAUAAAGGUGUUGCAGGCGCCUUCCCUGUCUCGUUAUAUGGAUUAUCUGGAAUGUUUUUUGCUCUAGUUUGUAAUAAGCUGUUUGGUGACAAUAUUGAAACUGUAUUCAAGUUUUUGAUGUGGUGUUGUUCAAGUAUGAUUUUGCUUGGUGCCAUGACAUUGGAGGUAUUUGAAUUGCAUGAAUAUAAAACCAUAGACGAACCUCCUAUUGAUAUUGAAAACGGAUUGCAGCCACCUGUACAUAUCGAUAAAUUGACCGAUUCAGGCAUGAUUGCAAAUACAGAUGCUACGGUAGGGCAUUCGGAGGAGGCUAUUAUGUCGCCGAGACCAAGAUCAAGUUACACUGGAACACCAAAGGAAACAUUGUCCGUAGAACCUAAAAUUGCAUUUGAAGAACAUAAGUUGGAAACAUCAGCAAGCGAAAAACCGUUGUUGAGAACGAUUCUACAACCCAAAUUCAUCACUUACUAUAUUAUAUUUGCCAUGUUGCAAGGGAUAGGUAAAAUGUACAUCUUUUCUGUUGGGUUCAUUGUAGAUACCCAAGUGAAUUCUCCUCCUUUGAAUAAAUUUAAUUUUGAUGCUGAUGGUUUACAAUCCUUACAAGUGUCUUUGAUAUCCAUGUUCUCCUUUGCAGGCCGUAUCUCAGCAGGUCUAAUAUCAGAUCUACUAGUCAAGAAAUUUAAAGCUCAGAGAAUCUGGACUAUUUUGUUGGCUGCAUCUAUCAUGUUAUGUGCAUCAAUUCAUCUAUUGGAAAAAAAAACUAUUCCUGAUGAUAUGCAAGAUAUGAAGGCGUUGAAGGGAAUUUUUACAAUCGUUUCCACAGCAAGUGUCAUGUUUGGGUACGCGUUCGGAAUUCUAUUUGGAUCAUUCCCAUCAAUUAUCUCGGAUUCGUUUGGCUCCAAGGGCUUCAGUACAAUUUGGGGAUUGAUGACCACUGGUGGGUUAAUAACCGUCAAGAUAUUCAUUUCCAUAUUAGGAAACGAAAUGACAAGUAAAACAGUGACUGGUGAAGCUUCAUGUCUGAAGGGUGUAUAUUGUUACACUAAUACUUUUCAUGUGAAUUCCUUAUGUUCGAUAAUUUCUAUUGUGAUGACAUUAAUAUGUAUUGCCAUUCCUUAUUAUAGAAGGAACCGGAAAAUUGGCACCUCCACCAUGGAUGAAUCAUUUAUCAUGGGGGCAAUUCAGGAAUAG